AUGAGGAACUUCGAAAUAUUGUCAAUUUUUCUUCUAAUUUCUGUGAGUUAAUAAUUUAUUCUUGGUAUUUUAGAAGAACUUCUGGAUUUCUAGAGUUUCUAACAAAUGACAGUUUUUAAAUUUCAGCCAGCCUUCUGUUCUCUAAAAGAUGACGUUUUAUUCGUCGAUCCAAACGAAAUUUUUGCAAGCGAAGAAGCCUACAAUGAAGGAUACGUCUGCACAAAGGCAUGUUUCACUUAAUUUUCCUAAAGUUCAAAACUAAGAGCCCUACUUAGAAUGACAAUUGCAAAGCGGUUGCCUAAAUUGUGCUUGACGCAAAACAAAUUACGUCCAAAACAUUAUUUUUUUAUAUUAAAUAUAGUCUUUUUUUAUCUAGGCUAAAACCGGUCUCUAACAACAGCAUAUUUUGUUUGUGCCAUUCCAACUGCGUCCAAUUGUUUAAUGUCGAAAGAUGAUAUUAUAAGAUGAAAUCGUUUUGUAAAAAGUCAGAGACUCUAUUUUUUUUAAAUUACCUUGAGAAUGGUUGUCAGCGAAAAGUAUAUAUUUUCGAAAACUUUGAGAAAGCAACUCGAAGUUCAUGGCGAAAAACAAAUAUUGAUUGCAAAUGUAUCAUGUGAGCAAAACAUGUCUUUUCCCGGGAUAAUGAUGUGUGACAUCAAAACUAUCAUUAUUCAUAAGCUUAUAGGGAGAAUAUCUGGAUGAAUACGAAAUGGAAUGUCGUCAAUGCACGAUUUGCAGCGAUUACCUUUACGAAAGGUGAGGCUCCCCCGCCGUGACCGAAAACAACGAGAAAAGAUUUUUUAGGGAGCCGUGUGAACAAUACUCCAACACUGUCUGCGGCUGGUGUGGAAGCAAAUCCGCCAUCAUGAAUGACGACUUUGUGUGAGAAUUAGUUCAAAACUUUUUCAAAAAAAAAAGAAGAAACACUAUCCGUUAAAAAUGAAAGGGAUUGAGAAAAACUAAAAAAAAAACUCCAAUCCAAAUUUUUCUCCAAUAAUUCAAAGGCAUAUGGUUUUAGGAAAAAGUGCUCGAAAGAUACCAGCCCCUACACGGACAAAGAUUUCCUGACUAACGGAUAUCUGCAGAUGGUAAGAGAUCCGCAACUAGUUGCAGAAGCUUCUAGAAAAUAAAAAAAAUCUUAAAAUUUAUUUUUUUAUUCAUUCGCAGGUAGACUCUUUCAGUAAAAUAUAAAAACAAAUUCGAACUUUGGUUUGCAAUGUAUUUCAGUUUUAACUACUUCUGUUUUGUCCUUCUUUUUCACGAACCCAUCGUAGUUUGUGUGAUAAGGCUCGUUUGCUUGUUGCUGCACCAAACGCCAAAAAUGGUCUUUGCAAAAACAACUCAUGACAUAUGAUCAUAUUCUCUGUCACACCUGAAGAACUUUAUACUCAAUAAAAAAAAUGUUAUAUUUUCCGAGAGGAUGAAGGUUUCUCGAUUGAUGAGUUCAUUUACUCAACUUUUCUGUAGUCAAGUAACGGAAAUUUUUUCUGAAAUAACGAGCCGAUCCGCAACCUGGGUUCUAGAGCAUCUUUCAGACCUCCGCCGAUGUCAAAGAGUUCAACAACGCCGACGACGAUAAUGACCAAGAAAGAGGGCGUGAUGACGAUGUUUCGCGCGAAGUCGAGACUUAUUUUGACAACAUUGAGCCUGUGGAGGACGAUGACUUCACCAGCAUGGAGAUUGGCCUUCUUUCUGAAGAAGAACCGAAACAAGUGAUCGAUCUCCGCCCUCUGGCAGUCAAGCACUUUGUCGAACAGAACAAAAAAACUCAAGACGAAUCUUUGAGAAAACCACUCAAAAUACGGGAGGUACUGCUGAAUUAUCUGAUAAUUUCACGUUUACAUCAUUCAGCCAGUUAAUGUGAAAGUGCGAACUCUCCGUCUUUGGCCUAACGUCGAGAAAGUGGUUUUUGUGGACGCAGCACGAACUUUUUAUUCAAAAAAGUUGCAGGAACCAGAGCUUCUCAUGGAAAACAAGGCCGAAGAAUCACAAGAAGAGGGUACCAGAAUCAAAUGGGACAAAUGGAUCGACGAUUACGUGAAGCCAAUCAAAGCCGAAAAACAGAGAAGUGACAGCAGCGAAGUGAGCAUUUCGGUCGUUGAGAACUUUUGAAAAAAAGUUUUCUUAUUUAGGAAAGCAUCGUCAAACAAGCCGAUGAGAUGGACGAGUAUCAGACGAUUGUCAUUGUUUCUGGCUCGAAGUAACUUUAAACUCAGAGCUCUCGCUUAUUUGACUAUUUAGGCCGGUUCAAGAUGAAGAAGAAGAAGAAGAAUUUAAUUCCAUUGAGGUGAGUCUAACUUUUGUUUUUCGCUCAAAAUCUGUUACAGAAAAAGGACAAACCUACUUUUUUUGCCAGUUAUUUGCUUCUUUCAUUGUGUGUUUGCACCUUCCUCAUGUGAGUUUUCAUUUAUUCUCUUCUCUUGUAUUUGAUUCGAAUUCUUAAUUUAAAAUUUUCAAAGUUAAAAAUGAAAUCGUAAAACUUUGAAAGAAAGAACGUAAAAUAUUCACCUUACGUCAUUUUUGGCUACAGCGAUAGUGGAACCAGUAAACAUCAUGGUCAUUAACACAAUCAAUUCUUUUUAUAGACCUAUCCUUUCUUGAGACAUUCCUGUCAUUAAUGAAGACAGCUUCUUAUCAGUGACCUGUCCAAAGCGAGAACAUUUCAGCUACUCCUGGUGCUGCUUUCCGCGUGCAAACGUGACCCACCGUACCCUCCACCUCGACCCUGUUGACAUCCAAAGUAAUCACCUCUCCCUUAUCAGCUAUCACCUUUUUUCAGUUUUGAACGAGUGUGGAACUAGCGCCGAAGCGAAAAACCGCAGCGUCGACUCUGGACACAUCAACCCGCUCUUCGUGCAAUAA